CGUGUCCUCGACUUCAGCUUCUCUCUGGGCACAUCUGCCCCGCAGCCCCUCCGCACCAUGACGACCUUCGUGGUCUCGCUCUUCCUGCCUUACACGGUCGACUUUCACGACAUUCCCUCGCCGAAACGCGAACUAAGUCCUCUGCGCCCUCUUACUGCAUCAAGUCGCAAAGAACCCAAGAUCGAUUUGCCCGAGAAGAAGGCCAGCCUGUUCUCAGUGCCCACGCCUCCAAAAACGCCUGCUGCUGCAGACUAUGCCGAGUUCUUCAGCCAAUUGCAGCCCAGCGCCGCUACCCAUUUCCCAAAGCCUCACGAUCCUCGUUCCCUAGUUCGAAGCGAUUCACACAUACCAGAAUGGGGUGGAACUUUGUUCUUCAAUCAGCCACGCUCGCAAGCGGUCCCCGCGCCACCCGAUACCAUCUUGGAAUAUGCGAAGGCGCAUGAUCGAACCAAGGCGGUAAAGACUCGACCUGCUCGUCGGUCUCCCAACCCGAACGCGAGGCCAAACUCGAAAUCUAGGGAUGGCAGCAAGGACAAGGGCUCAUGGGACUCUCAAUGGACAAUAGAGCCUGCUGUCCAAGGCAAUGGAGGCCUCGCCAAUGCUGUCAGAGCAGCAAUAGAUGCCGGCAGCAUUGGCGACGUCAAUUGGGUCGGCUUGAUUGGCUUCCCCACCGACUCAUUGGGCGAUGAGAUCAAAGACGAAAUACAUGAGAGGCUGGAAUCGGACCUCGACUCAUUGACCGUGUUCGUCAGUGAUACCGAUUUGGAUGGUCACUAUGCCCACUAUUGCAAAACUAUUCUCUGGCCAGUCUUCAAUUAUCAAAUUCCCGACCACCCGAAGAGCAAGGCUUACGAGGACCAUUCCUGGAUCUUCUAUGUGCAUCUGAACCAAGCUUUCGCGGACAAAGUGGUAAAGAGCUAUAAGCGGGGAGAUAUCAUCUGGGUUCACGACUACCAUCUCCUUCUCGUUCCUGCAAUGAUCAGAAAGAAACUCCCUGACGCUCAGAUUGGCUUUUUCCUGCAUACUGCGUUCCCGUCUUCAGAAGUCUUCCGGUGUCUGGCUACCCGCAAGGAGCUCCUUGAAGGAAUGUUAGGUGCGAACUUGGUCGCUUUCCAGACUCGAGAAUACGCCCAUCAUUUCCUUCAAACAUGUUCCCGUCUUCUGACAGUCGAAGCUACGGAAGACGGCGUUCAACUGGAACACCACUUUGUCAAUGUUGCGUCUUUCCCUAUUGGUAUUGAUCCGAAAGGAUUGAGUCUCGCAAGAGAAGAUGAAGAGGUUUUGGACUGGAUAAAGGUCAUGCAGGAGCGAUAUCACGACAAGUUCCUGAUUGUUGCCCGUGAUAAGCUCGAUAACAUCCGAGGAGUAAGGCAGAAGCUCUUGGCUUUUGAAUUGUUCCUCAAUAAAUAUCCCGAAUGGAGAGAUAAGGUGGUACUCAUUCAAGUUGCAACAUCGACCACCGAGAACUCCGAGCUCGCUGCUACUGUGUCCGAGAUCGUCACCCGGAUUGAGUCUGUCCAUUCCACGUUAGCUCACCAGCCACUGGUAUUCUUGAUGCAGGAUAUUCCGUUCUCGCAGUAUCUUGCGUUGCUUUCGGUCGCCGAUGUUCUAAUGGUCACGAGCCUUCGAGAAGGCAUGAAUCUCACCUGUCACGAAUACGUAUUCUGUCAGGAUGGCAAACAGAGCGACAAGAAGCACGGUCCAAUCAUUCUUAGUGAGUUCACUGGAAGUGCCGCUGUUUUCGAGGGCAACGAACUAUCAAUCAAUCCUUGGGACUACCAGAAGUGCGCCGAAGCCAUCAAGAUCGCCUUGGAAAUGGAGCCUGCGGAGAAGGACCGGCGAUACAAUAAGAUUCGCGACAUUGUUAUGCAUCAUACGGGAGAUUAUUGGGUCGCCAAUUUGAGGAAAGAACUUGCCAAGGUUCACGACGAGCACUUUCGAAAUGACACAAUGUCCAUUCCUCGCCUGUCGGCCAUCAAUCUGGGCGAAAAAUACAAGAAGUCUAACAAGCGAUUGUUUCUCCUCGAUUAUGAGGGCACGCUUGCAUCGUAUGGUUCGGUCACCAAUAUUGUUCUCUCGAGCCCCCAGCGAGUCAUUGAGGCACUCAAUGAUUUGAUCUCGGAGGAAAAGAACAUAGUAUACGUCAUGAGCAGUCGUACUAUCGAAGAGCUGCAGCUCAUCUUCGAUCGGGUUCCUGGGCUGGGGCUCAUUGCAGAGAAUGGAUGCUUCGUCCGGGAAUAUGGAGGACUGGACGAAUGGAUCGAGUUUUCCGACAGUGAAAUAACGAAAAAGUGGAAAGAGUCUGUGCUGGGGAUUCUCAAGUAUUACGAAGAACGUGUCGAAGGCAGUUGGAUCGAAGAACGGCGAUGCUCGCUGAUCUUUCACUACGAGAAAGCCGACGAAUACGAUGCCGCCAAUCGACAGGCAGGCGAUUGUGCAAAUCAUAUCAACGAUGCUUGCGAGAGCCAGCGCGUGCGAGCUAUCCCCACGAAAGAUACUGUCUGCGUGGAGCCAAUGGAUUGGGACAAGAGAACUGCGGCUAUUCAUAUUCUCAACAACUUGCGACAGAGUGGUCUUCCCGACUUCUUGAUGGUAGCAGGCAAUGACCGGGAUGAUGAAAUCAUCUUCCGCUGGGCCAACGAAAUCGAUGAUAGCAAGACUAUUCCGAACGUCACCACGGUCAGUGUUGGAAACAGAAACACAGUGGCAAAAGCGACUCUGACGCAAGGCACUACUGGUCUUCUUUCAGCUCUAGGCCGACUCUCGAAACUUGGCUAGAGUGCGAACCCUGCACUCUUCAACCCACCUUCCUACACCCUUCGAGCUUCUCUUCCUCCAAAAUUGCUUUGAAGCGUUUUGAAUUCUCACCCUAUACCCCUUUGUAUCAGAAACCCCUGUUUCAUUAAGUAACAUUACUACGAAUGAGACGGAUGGUAGACAGCGCAUAGCGACAGCGAUGGCGUAAGCAGUACAUGGAAAUGUAACAUACGACUCGAAUUCCAUAGAACUAAGACCUUUCUCCCGUGCAUCAAUGGGCGAAACUUUGAGCCAUC